CUAAACUAUCACUCUCGCAGUCUCACAAUCAUUGCUUUUCCUAUAUUUUUCGAUUUUUAUGCUAACAAAUCCCAAUUUUUACGGUUCAGAUUGAGUCUCUUAACAUUCAAAUCCGCUGCUAACCAUUUUUCCGUUUUUCCUUUAACCGUCAGCUCAACAUACAGCCCAUCUUACGCCGACUCACGCGCUUUCGUCUAGAUUCUCAACAUUACGAUCACCUAUCAACAGCAUCAUCUUCCUCAUUCCAUCUUCGAUCCGCCAUUUUCAAAAUCACAGCAAUGCGCAAAUCUAGUUUCAAAUGCUUAUAUUGAAGUUUGAGGGAUCUGAGUAGAAAAUGAAAGGAGCAAAUAGUUUUAGAUUGAGAGGGAGACAUCUUUCUGUUACUUUGCUUGCUCUUACUUUUACAACAAUAUUUCUUUGGGUUUGGGAGAAGAAUCCUUUUGUUACUACUCUGCAAUCAGCACAAGAGCAGUUCAGCUUUCCUGCAGAAGGUUCAUCUUCUUCAGUAUCUCUGAACUCAAUUGAGCAAUUUGAAGAAAAAUAUUCUCACUCUAUUAAUUCAGAGGAGAUAGAAAGGUCACAGAAAAACUCUGCUGCUUCACCAAUGAAUUUUACCGCUGCAUUGGCUUCUGAGAGAGAAGAUAGUGAUGGAGAUAAAGCCUGCAAUUAUGCGAAGGGCAGAUGGGUGGAAGAUAGGAGGAGGCCCUUGUAUUCUGGGUUUGGAUGUAAACAAUGGUUAUCAGAAAUGUGGGCAUGUAGACUGACCCAAAGAACCGAUUUUUCCUAUGAGAGAUAUAGGUGGAAUCCUGAAAAUUGCGAAAUGCCAGAGUUCGAGGCAUCUCAGUUCUUGAAAAGAAUGCAGGACAAAACAAUUGCAUUUAUAGGAGACUCAUUAGGCAGGCAACAAUUUCAAUCAAUGAUGUGCAUGGCUUCUGGCGGGGAAUGGAGGCUAGAUGUUGAAGACGUUGGAGCUGAAUAUGGUCUUGUCAAACCUCGUGGAGCCAUCCGUCCUGAUGGAUGGGCUUUUCGAUUCUCAAACACCAAUACCACCAUUUUAUACUACUGGUCAGCAAGCCUUGCAGACCUAGAACCUUUGAACAUCACAAACCCUACCACUGAUGUUGCCAUGCAUUUGGACCGGGCACCAGCAUUCAUGAGACGAUUUCUCCAUCAGUUUGAUGUGUUAGUUCUGAAUACUGGACAUCACUGGAACAGAGGGAAGCUUAGAGCAAACCGUUGGGUGAUGUAUGCAAAUGGAAAGCCUAUCGAAGAUAGACAACUUUUAGAUAUUGGGAAUGCUAAGAAUUUUACAAUACAUAGUAUUGCCAGGUGGCUUGAUUCACAACUUCCAUCUCAUCCCCGACUUAAAGCUUUCUUUCGGACAAUCUCACCAAGACAUUUCCGUAAUGGAGACUGGAACACUGGGGGUAACUGUGACAAUACCAUUCCAUUGACACAUGGGAGUGUAGUCUCGCAGGAAGAAUCAAGUGAUCCAAUUGUUGCAGAUGCUGUUAAGGGAACAAAGAUAAAGCUUUUGGAUAUUACUUCUUUGUCUGAGCUCAGAGAUGAGGGUCACAUUUCGCGAUACAGUGUUAAGGCAACGCCGGGUGUAAAUGAUUGCUUGCAUUGGUGUCUACCUGGCAUUCCAGAUACAUGGAAUGAACUUAUUGUUGCUCAGGUAUAGGUAUGCCACAUCAGCUGAGAAGGCAUUUGUGAAAUGUAGAGAUCAAAAUUGAAUUCUUUGUCAAGGCUGUUUUUAGAUGCACAAUCUUCUUUUUAUAGACUCAAUGUUAUUAUUGAGUGGGGAAAUCCCAUUUUCUCAUAUAUUUAUUUGGAAAAGUCACUCCAAUAGUUUUGAAUCAAGGGAUUGCUAGAAGAGCAGGGGAAGUUAAAGGGAAUCUUUUCUACCCCAUGGUUUCUAGUGCAGUAGAUUCUAAGGAUGUCUGUAACUCAAAUCUCAAGAUAUAUAGCUAUUCAUAUAAGAAUGUAUUUAAUAUAGAUUCUCAUUUUUUGUGUUUCCAGCAUUUCAAUGUUGUGGACUUCUCAACUAACCUAAGUGCUUGUUUGUCUGCUUAUGAUGUAA